AGAUUUCAGCCUCCUGUUCCACGCGGCCGGCCACAUUUGGCCACAUGGGCUGGUGACGAUUCGGUGAGGCGGCGCAUGGAGACGGGCGGUGACUUCGUUCCGAGGCGCAUUCUCUUCACGGGGGGUGCAGGCUUCAUUGGGUCCAAUGUCCUGAUCUUCCUGGUGAGCAAGUAUCCUGAGGUCACCUUCGUUUGCCUCGACAACUUGUCGGAAGGUUCCAACCUCGCGAAUCUGCAGUCCUUGAGCGACGCGCCCAACUUCGUCUUCGUUAAGGGCGAUGUGAUGUGUGAGAAAACCGUUCGGGAGACGUUGGUCUCUCAUCAGCUGGACACGGUCAUGCACUUCGCAGCGCAAACGCACGUGGACCGGUCCUUUGUGGUGCCUCUGAAGUUUAGCGAGGCCGUUGCACUGGGCGUCUUUGGAACUGGGCGUUCGGCGCUUCCUACACGUGAGCACCGACGAAGUCUAUGGUGAGAAUGUCGGCCCGGGAUCCGCACGCUUCGCAGAGAUGGAUCCCUUCCGGCCCGGGAAUCCCUACAGCGGCUCCAAGGCAGCGGCUGAAUGUGUGGUGCGGGGAUACAUGGAAUCCUUCGGACGACAGCUGCCGAUUCUGGUGGUACGGCCCAAUAACAUCUACGGCCCGCGGCAGUUCCCAGAGAAGUUGAUUCCCAAGUUCAUCUAUCGUUUGCAGCGGAAGCAAGAGCUACCACUGCAUGGAGGUGGCAAAGCCCGGAGGUCUUUUCUCUUCGUGGAAGACGCGGCGGAGGCCUUCGACUUGGUCUUGCGCAAGGGAAAGCCUGGAGAGGCCUACAACAUUGGUGCUGAACCUGGAAGCACCAAGUCCGUGUUGGAGGUGGCUAAGGCGUUGAUGCCUUACUUCGACAUUGACGUCCAGAGGGACGCCGAGAAACAUCUCAAGGUGGUGGCCGACCGAGUGAAGAACGAUGCCUCCUACGAUGUACAUAGCUGGAAGAUCCGGAACUUGGGCUGGAAACCUACGGUGAACUUCCAGGAUGGCUUGCGUCGCACCGUGGAAUGGUACCGGCAAAAUCCUGACCAUUGGACUUCGGUGGAGGAAGCCUUGCUCCCUGACAACGGCGGCAUGAAGCGAGCUGCCCUGUAAAAAG